ACACUGACGUUUAGGAUCUUCGGUGCUUUAAACUAUGAUUAAACAGAAAAGAACACUAUAACAACACUACUGGAAAUCAAUUUAUAUGAAAUUUAUAACAAAUUUGAACCUGAAUAAUUGGUGGACUUUAAGAUUAUAAUUUGGUAUUUUAUUACUAGUGAAAUCCCUAUACACCCACACAGUAUUCGAAUGUGAGAACUGUAACUCCGAUAGAUUUUACAUGUUUAUAAAUAACUAGAAUUACAUGUUACGCUUUCGUGAUCCAGUGCGGUGUGCGACUUUCUGAAAUACGGGAACGUGAACUAUAAAAAAAUAUAAAUAAUGGCCUUGGCUGUGACACGUGUUAUUCUGAGAUGUGAGGAUGCACAGGAGACCCAGGUGUUAGACUUGUCAGAGUGUCAGCUGAUGCAAGUACCUGAUGCAGUAUACCACUUGAUGCGACACACAGAACUGAAGAGCUGUGAUCUCAGUGGAAAUGUUAUCACUAAGAUACCACCAAAGUUUGCAGUUAAAUUUAGUUUAAUUACAGAUUUAAACCUAUCAAAUAACCAAAUGGCGAGACUGCCAGAUGAGCUGUGCACACUGGCAUGUCUGCAGAGGCUGGACAUUUCACACAACACAUUUGUUGCCCUUCCACACAUCACGUUCCAGUGCCCCAGCCUGCACACAUUGCUAGCCCACCACAAUCAAAUUAUUGAAGUAGACGUCGACCGGUUAGCCAGAUCGCGUGCCCUCGAAUAUGUUGAUCUCAGUGAUAACCCAAUACCAGCACGGACACAUGACGAGCUGAAGCAGAUUACGCGGCCUACAGUGUCCAUAUCUGAGAGAGAGAAAGAAGAUUGGGAGGAAGAUAUGUUAAUGUAGAAAUACUAGCUCUCUAUGGACUAAGCCUGUGAGGCCAAGUGAUAAUGUAAGGUCCCUAUAGUGCAAUUUUCAAUGUGGUCCUAACAUAGCUGUGAUCUUUCUCUGUGAAAUGAGGAGAAUAUCUAUGAAGAGUGUGUGAUUUUUUUUAAAUAUAUAUACUUAUGAAGAGGAUUCACAAGGAAUCUAAAACAUGCUUAAAUGUAUACUUAACUAGAUGAGAUUUGUAUUGCUCUAUUACAAAUUAAUAUUACUUAAUUCAAAAAUAUAUAUUUUGAUAUUGCAUAUUUUAAUAGAUAUAUUUUUGAUAUGUAAUGGUUGGAUGGUAUUGUGUUGAUGUAUCUCAUUGUAUUUGAAUACUAGUCCAUCAAUUAAAUAAGUUAAGUAGUUUGAAUUCCAACAGGUUUGGGAUGUUAUUUUAAGUGUCAAGUGACUGUAUUAUUAAGUACAGUUAAAUAAUUAUUAACUUUUAUGUACUUACUUAAUUUUUUUAAAUGAUCAUGGAGAUAUUAUCAGGCUGAAAUUUAUAUACUUGAUUUACAGUUUUUAAAAAAAUAUUUCCAUGCUGGCAACACCAAGAUGAAUUUUCUAACUAAAAUUGAAUAAUGAAUACUACUCAUUGAAUAAAUACACUUACAAAUUGUAUAGUCAUGUAAUUUAAUUACAAUAAUGAAAUUAAUUUUAAAAUUAUUAUUAUAUUAUAUAUAGUUAUACCUUAUGUAUGCUUAUACCAUUUCUAUUUUUAACCAUCAUGACAAAUAUUUUGCCCAAAGACAUAAUAAUAUUGUGAUUUGUGACUGAUCAAAUUGUAGAAAUCCCUAAUCAAUUAAAUUAAUGUUAAAACAUGCUUAAUUCAUAAGUACUUUUGUGAUUCGUUUUAUAAGAAAUAUUACCUUAAUAUAAAUUGGAAAAAUUCUAAAAGCUC